CGCCGCGAUGACAUCCCCAUACGACCCCAGCUACACGCACAAGUACGUCAACCUCAAGAACGGUGUUCGCCUCCAUUAUGUCGACGUGGGUCCCCGAGAUGGUAUCCCGAUGCUACUGCUGCACGGGUGGCCCGAUCUCUGGUGGGGCUGGCGGCAUCAAAUCCAACACUUUCGUGCCAAGUACCGCCUCAUCGUGCCGGACCAGCCCGGCUUUGGCGCUACGACGUCGCCCGACGACUACACCAAAUACACGCGCAAGGCCGUCGCUGCGGGCUACGCCAACCUGCUCGACAUUCUCGAGAUUGAAAAGGCGAUCGUGAUUGGCCACGACUGGGGCGGCAUGGCAGCGUGGUGCAUGGCGCUCUUCCAGCCGUCGCGUGUACUCGCUGUGGGCUCGAUCUGCACGCCGUUUUGGGACGUCGUGCCUCAGGGCCUGAUCCUCGAAGAUUUUGUCGCGAUCUUUCCGUCGCUGACGUACCAGCUGUACCUGGUGCAGGACGGCACGGCCGCGGCGUUUGAGGCGAACCCGAACAAGUUCUUUCAGCUUGUGUACGGCUGUAAGCAGCUGCGUCGCCCGGCGUCCGUUACGAACGUGCGCAGCGCCAUGGAGGCGCUCGCCGAGUUUGAGUUUGAUCCCGCGACGCCGCGCACCAACUUUUCAAGCGACGAUUUGCACUACAUGGUCGACGAGUACAUGCGCCAGGGCUUCCAGCACGGCCUGAAUUGGUACAAGACGUGCGAGCUCGACAACCAAGACAAGAUGAACAUCAACGUGGUUUUGCCGCACGAAGCGCUCUUUGUGAGCGCGGGCCGCGACCAAGCGCUCCUGCCCUCGAUGAGCAAGGGCAUGGAGACGCUCAUUCCAAACCUUGUUCGCGGCCACGUCGAAGAAGCGUCGCACUGGAUUCUAUGGGAAACUCCGGACAAGGUCAACGCCAUUCUCGAGUCGUGGCUUGAUACCGUCACGGUCAAAUUGAAGCUCGUUUAACCCUAGUCAACGACAUCUUGCUGUUGUUUACUCUGUUUGUUGCGAUGCAGAGCUAUCGACAUGUACGCUAGAAACGUC